CCACCCUGCUGUUUCUGCUGUCUUUGCUACUGCUUCCUCUGGGCCUCCCAGUCCUCUGUGCUCCCCCUCGCCUCAUCUGCGACAGUCGCGUUCUGGAGAGGUACAUCUUGGAGGCUAGAGAGGCCGAGAAUGUCACGAUGGGCUGUGCAGAAGGUCCCAGGCUGAGUGAGAACAUUACAGUCCCAGACACCAAAGUCAACUUCAAUGCUUGGAAAAGAAUGGAGGUGGAAGAACAGGCUGUAGAAGUUUGGCAAGGCCUGUCCCUGCUCUCAGAAGCCAUCCUGCGGGGCCAGGCCCUGCUGGCCAACUCCUCUCAGCCAUCCGGGAUGCUUCAGCUGCACAUAGACAAAGCCGUCAGUGGCCUGCGCAGUCUCACUUCCCUGCUCCGGGUGCUGGGAGCCCAGAAGGAGUCGAAAUCACCUCCAGAUGCCACCCCACCUGCUCCACUCCGAACGCUCACGGUGGAGAAUUUCUGCAAACUCUUCCGAGUCUACUCCAACUUCCUCCGGGGCAAACUGAAGUUGUACACGGGGGAGGCCUGCAGGAGAGGGGACAGGUGACCUGCUACUGCUACCGUGAUGUGUCCACCAACUUGCUCACCGUCACUGCCUGUGUCACGCCAACUUUCCACCACUCCCAACCCUCAUCAAAGGGGUUGUGACCUCCUCACCAGCUUGUCCUCGGGACACUCCAGCAUCAGCAGUGACAUCCUGGGGAGCCAGAACUUUUCAGAGCUCCAUUCUGAAGUCUGAAGAUGUCACUGGGUCAACCUGAGACCUCAGAGCAGGAGAGAUUCAGACAGCCAUCUUGGAUUUGUUUUGUUUUUGUUGAGACAGGAGGGUCUCACAUAGCCCAGGCUGGCCUGGAACUCGCUGUGUAGCUAUGGAUGACUUUGAACUCCUGAUCUUCCUGCUUCCAUUUCCCAAGUGCUGAGAUUGUAAGCAUGCACUCACCCAUUUAUGGGGUGCUGGAGAUGGAAGCCGGGGCUUCAUGCAUGCUAGGCAAGCACUCUACCAACUGGACUAUAUUCUCAGCACCCAGAAACCAGUAUAUAACUCAGGGACAGAGAUCCAAACUCAGUGUCCUGCCGGAACUGUGACCCCACAGGACAAGCUUCAGGGUUCAAUCCUUGUGGCACCUACGAAGAAUACAGGAACUGGAGAUUUAGGGGGCAAGGCAUGAAUUCUCCAGGUCUCAUGGGGUCUUCCCUGACACAUGUGUCACUGGACAGUAGAGGGGGUGGAACCAUGAAGACGGAAUGCAACUGAUUCUUAGCUUUCAUGGGCGGGAAGGGGUAUGAAGUUUUGUGUCUUUUUGAAAU